GUGCGGAUUGGUCGCAGGUGUAUUUUCACACAUUAUUGGAGCAGACCGGGCGCAAAGGGCGAGAAUUAUCGGAAUACAGGUUGGGAAAAAAUAAACACGUUAAAAAAGGUGCUUCUGAUGAUUUGACUUAUCUCGACAUACUGAGUAAUAGCAGUUGUUCCGGUUCGGUUUCACAUCAAGGACAAUCACAGGGCUGUGUGAAUGAUCCUGCUGAUGAUCCUGUAUUAAUGACAUUGUGUACGCUCUUGUGAAGGGACAGUGCUGGAGGAUUUCUCCCGAGUAGAAUUACAGAGACAAUGGCUCCAUCAGUGCGCUUGCAGGAAAUGAUCCGAGCAAUCCGAAGCGCCCGGACUCAAGCGGAGGAGCGGGCAGUUAUCCAGAGAGAGUGCGCUGCCAUCCGAGCACAGUUUCGUCAAACUGACACCGAAGGCCGCUUUCACAACCUAGCCAAGCUGUUAUACGUGCACAUGCUGGGUUAUCCUGCACAUUUUGGCCAGAUGGAGUGUGUACACAUGAUAGCCAGCUCUCGGUACAGCGAGAAACGGAUCGGUUACCUGGGUGCCAUGAUGCUCCUGGAUGAGAAGCAGGAUGCCAGCCUGCUUAUCACCAACUCCAUCAAGAACGACCUUUCGCACGGCAGUCAACACGUGCAGUCUCUGGCUCUGUGCACUCUGGCCUGUAUGGGUUCUGCUGAGAUGUGUCGAGACCUGGCUCCAGAAAUCGAGCGGCUUCUCAGGUCCUCCAGCUCCUACAUCAGGAAGAAGGCAGCUUUGUGUGCUGUCCACAUCGUGCGGAAAAUCCCCGACAUGGGAGAGAUGUUCACACCUGUUGCAGGCUCCCUGCUUUCAGAAAGAAACCAUGGAGUUCUACACGGUGCCAUCGUUCUGAUCACGGAGCUGUGUGAUCGCAACCCUGACACUCUGGAGCAGUUCCGCAAGUCCGUUCCACAGCUGGUUCAAAUAAUGAAGGAUCUGAUCACAUCUGGUUAUUCUCCAGAACACAACAUAGCUGGCAUCAGUGAUCCUUUCCUGCAGAUUCGUAUUCUCAGAUUGCUCAGGAUUUUAGGUCGCAAUAAUGACGCAGCCAGUGACCUCAUGAAUGAUCUCCUAGCACAGGUGGCCACCAACACGGACAGCAGUAAAACCGCAGGCAGCGCCGUUCUGUACGAAACAGUGCUCACUGUCAUGGACAUCAAAUCAGAAAGUGGUCUCCGGGUUCUAGCUGUGAAUAUUCUGGGACGCUUUCUUUUAAAUAAUGACAGGAAUAUCCGUUACAUAUCCAUGACGUCACUCCAGAAGAUUGUUCAGACCGAUCACAAUGCAGUACAGCGACACAGAGGUACUAUUGUGGACUGCCUGAAGGACCAGGAUGCCUCGGUUAAACGUCGUGCUUUAGAGCUUUCCCUUGCUUUAGUAACCGCAGCGAACAUCCGCUCCAUGAUGAAGGAGCUCCUCACCUUCCUCUCCACCUGUCCACCCGAGCUUCGAUCAAACACGGCAUCCGGGAUAUUCAACACAGCUGAACGGUAUGCACCGUCUCAACGCUGGCACAUCGACACCAUCCUGCAUGUCCUCGUCACGGCAGGAAGUGAUGUCAGAGAUGAAACUGUGCCCAACCUGGUUCAGCUCAUUGCUACAGCAUCCAAGCUUCACUGCUACACAGUUCAUAAACUUUACAGAGCACUAAUCACUGACAUUUCGCAGCAAUCCCUGGUUCAAGUAGCUUGCUGGUGUAUAGGGGAGUAUGGUGACUUGCUGCUGAAAGGAGAAUGUGAUGACAUAGAACCUUUGCAGGUAACAGAGGAUGAUGUCCUUGACGCCUUGGAAACAGUCUUGCAGUCGCAUAUGUCGUCAUCUAUAACCAGGGGAUUCGCCCUAACUGCCAUCAUGAAGCUGAGCACCCGCAUCACAGCCAAUGUGGACCGGAUCAGGAGUAUAGUUAGUAUCUACGGCAGCUGCAUCGAUCUGGAGCUUCAGCAGAGAGCAGUGGAAUACAACGCCCUCUUCAAAAAAUAUGACCACAUAAGGGCUGCUGUGUUGGAGAGGAUGCCAGUCGCUGAUAAAAAUUUAACUGGUUCCUCCAACGGAGACGUAAUCAGAGAGUCCAAUAAAGAUUCAAAGCCAGUAUCAGUGUUGCCUCCGGAACCAGCAAAUCAGGUGUGUGACCUUUUGGACUUGCUGGGUGAAACUGACGCACCUGUCCAGGAAAGCAAUCCCAGUGUCAACACGACAAACAACUCCACUAGUUCGAGUGCAAGCGGGAACCUGCUGGAUUUGCUGGAAGGUUUAGAGUCAACUUCCGCUCCUAGUGUGUCUGUCUAUGAUAAGGGAGGAGUGAGCCUGAAACUUCAGUGUGACACACAGACAGAAACUGGCAUCACGGUCACUUUCACGGCUUCUAACUCAACACCGAGUGAGAUCACCAGUUUUACCCUACAAGCAGCAGUACCUAAGAGUGUACAGCUUCAGAUGAAGGCUCCAAGUGGUGACGUGAUUCCAGCACAAAACCGUGGUACAGUCACUCAGACUGUUUUACUCAACAGUACCAACAAGGCGAACCUAAAGAUGCGAGUUCGGGUGUCCUACUCCAAUCAGGGCACAAUCUGUCAGGAAACUAUACAGAUUGAUUCCUUCCCAAACCCUGCUUGGAACUGACCUGACUUGGGCAUUUUCCUGGGUCUGAUACAGUAUCGGAUCUUGAAGGGAUCUACUGUUUGUCAUGGUUAUCAAUGUACAAAGAACUCCACUGUAUUUAUGGUGAAUAUCUGUUGUAUGUUCUUAUACCCUGGCAAGUGCAGUGGAAAAUUUUAGUGCAGAUUUUAUUCCGACAGCUCUCAAAAUCCAGGAAUAGCUAGUGGAUAAAAUAUGUACAUAUAGCAGACACAGUUUUUUGUUGUUGUUAUUGUGGGGUUUUUUAAGGUUUAAAAAAUAACGAUAAAAGUUGUUCACAUAAAAAAUGAACGGCUAGAUGGAAAUCCAAUCCAAGCCAGUGUUUAGUUUGACGUCUUAUGGUUGUGGUCAGGUUUACUGAAAAAAGUCAUUGGGGGACAGUUUUGGACCUAAGAUGAAAAUGUAAUCAGAAAUGUAAAGGCAAAAUUAUUUUCUCCAACUCAGUUAAUAGCAGCAGUUAUACCGUAUUAUUUGCAUUGGAUUCUAUGGAAACUCCAGUGAUUUCAAAACAACACUAUUAUUAGUGUAUUUGUAACACAGAUAUACGUACAUAUAAUUAAACCCCUGCCGCUAGCUAAGGGAUAAGUCUCUGGCUGGGUAAACAUCUUGACUGAAUCCAGAUCCUUAAUUUGUUCCCUCUCUUAAUUUACACUGCAGCCAUGCCAGACUAACAUCAGUUGAUGGUCAGGUUAUUUACAAAUCGUCUGGGUCCAUGUACAUUAAAUUCAUUCAUUUCAUUUAAAAAUAAAACUUUCCUGUCUCGA